AUGGUGUUGGUGAUUGAUGUGUUUAGGGUUCCUGGAGAGUUUGUGUUGCAGGAGCUAUUUGGAAGGACGGUGACGAAUGAGCUGAAUGGAGGAGUGGAGAAAAUGAUUGAAAAGAUGCUAGUGGAUGACAAUGUGCAUGUGGUGCAUAAAGAAGCGAUUUGUGAGAAUGAAAUGAGAUGGCUGCGGUACUACAGCAAUGAGGUAGUGGAGGUGCUUACGGAGAUGAAUGUGCAGUAUGUGAACAAGAACAAGAAGACGGUGAAGUACUAUUAUGUAACUAGGGAUUGUAUGGGAAGAUGCAAGGGACUUGAAGAAGUAGAAGAAGGAUGUGUUGAGAAGAAGGAGAUGCAUGACAAAACAAGCUACCUGCCGUAUAUUGAAGCUCAGUGUGAUGAGGAAGUGAUAUUUCCAGAUGAUGAGUGA